AUGUCUGGCCGUGGUAAAGGAGCAAAAUCUCGAGCAAAGCCGAAAUCCCGAUCUGCAAAAGCAGGUUUGCAGUUUCCAGUAAGUCGUGUUCAUCGUUUCCUGCGCAAAGGAAACUACUCCAAGAGAAUCGGUAGCGGAGCUGCUGUUUAUUUGGCCGCUGUUCUGGAAUACCUUGCUGCAGAAGUUCUAGAAUUAUCUGGAAAUGCCGCCCGAGAUAACAAAAGGCGCAGAAUAAUUCCUCGUCACAUUCUGUUAGCUGUCAGGAAUGACGAAGAGCUGAACAAAUUACUCAGCAGUGUCACUAUUUCUCAAGGUGGUGUUAUUCCUAACAUUCAAGCGGUGCUUUUGCCCAAGAAGAAAGAAUAA